AUGUCUCGCAAAGGCAAAAACACCAUCGAACAAGAAGAAGAUCAAGAGCAACAAGUCUUGCGGCGCGUGAAGCCAGAGCGCGUCAAUGCCAACGACAACGACAACGACCACCCCACGGAGGAGCAAAACUCCUCAAUCCGCCGAAUCAUCCGCUCCGAGUUUCUCAAACUCAAGUCUCUCAUCAACGAGAAGAAAGACGAUUUGUUAAACGUCGAUUCGGACAAAUUCGAUUCGAUUCUGAGCAAGUUUGAUAAGUUACAUGAUCAAGUUAAGAAGCCUCGAGAACAAGUUGCAGACGCCGAGGCGCUUCUCGAUUUAACUCGCACUUUGGUUGGAUCUGUUAAGUCUCUCGUGAACGAAGGUGUUACUCCUUCCCAGUUUGUUUCUUCGUUGAUUCAACGCUAUGCUCCUUCGCCAAACAGUUCUAUUGAUUGGUCAAAACUCGGAACUUCUGUUUCGUCCAUUUUUCUCACUGUUCAUGGAUCUUCCACCAUGCUUGGUCCUAUGGAAAGUCAGUUGAAACAGCGCAAAACAAUAGUGUCGAGGAAGCGAACGCCUCGUUCAGCUACAACUGAUAGGCCCGAACAGCUGAAUGAUGCUGUUGAAGGGGAAAAAACUGAUACUGACAAAAACAUGUCAACCAUGUUUAACUUAUUGAGGGAAAAUAAAAAGGUGCAGCUUGAAUACUUAAUUUUGAAUAGAUUUUCGUUUGCUCAGACAGUGGAGAAUUUGUUUGCCCUUUCUUUCUUAGUGAAAGAUGGUCGUGCUGAGAUCAAUAUGGACAAAAACCAUUCACACUAUGUUUCGCCAAAAAAUGCUCCGGCUGCUAAUGCUGUAAUGUCAAAAGAAGUUUCUUAUACUCAUUUUGUCUUCAGAUAUGAUUACAAUGACUGGAAGAUAAUGAAGGAUCUUGUGCCAGAUGGCAAAGAGCUAAUGCCACAUAGGGUUCAACACAGCACUGUGGAUAGCUCACAGGCAGAAAUGAAUGGUGACAAUUCCGCCCAAGCUUUGCCUGUUACCCCUAUUAGGAAGAUAUCCCGGAACCGAGGGCGGGUUUUGCAGGAGGAAAGUGUUGUUGAAGAAUCUCCCGAAUGUGAUGAUGAAGAUGCUUCUAGAGAGGCUGCAAUUCGAAGGUGUAAGCGGAAACUCCACUAA